GUCUCUGAGCUUCACUAGUGAGUGACACUCGGAGCGCACACACUCUCGCUCCUCGCUGAGUCGCCCUGGGGAAGAGGAAAGGAGAGAAGAGGAAAGGGAGCACCCAGUCCCACAGCUUCGGGUGCACCAGGAUAUCAGACAGUCGGGGAGCCUAGCUGGCCCCAGCACUUGUAUUCUGUGGGGGCCGCGGCCGUCCUUGUUUGUGAGUGUGCACAGUCCGGUCACAAGCAUCGGAAGGGAGGCGCGGGAGCCCAAGCUGCCGCCGCUACCCCUGCUGCCUCUACUGUUUCUGGCGCUGCCUUUGCUGCCCUGGGCUCCACUCAUCCAGCCUCUAUCCGCGGGUUGCGCAGCCUCACUCUGACUGGCUCGCUCCUAGCUCUCUUGAGCCCUAGGUACCCGGGUCGGGUCAGUAGCGUCCGCCGCAAACAGCAGCCCGUUGCCGCUUGCCUCUGCAGCCUCAGUUCCAGCUCUAGCUCCAUCCAGCUUAGAGGCUCAGGCUCGACGCUCUGCUCGGGCUCCGGGUGGCCCGGGGUGCCCUCGAGACAUGUAAAGGGCCCCGCAUCUGUCCAGGACCUUCGUCUGGGAAGCCAGUAGCAGCAGCCGCGGCUGCAGGAACCGUGCCCUUCCUCCUGGGGCCAUCCAGGAGCCCCGACCCAGAAGCAGUGGAAGUUUACGUCGUCCUCAGCAAAGUUGGGACGCUGCUUCUGGGGCUGCUGCUGCUGUUAGUACCAGAGCCGCAACGGGACUCUGGGAGGGUCGAUCUGGGCACUGGAGUUUGUCAUCUCGAACGCACCUAAGUAACCUGCAUUAUUUCACAAAGAAGCACCUUACUUGGAGAAAAAUUUCUUUCCUGCUGUCUCAGGGCAGGAAAACAAAACAAAACAAAACAAAACAAAACAGACCCUAGACACUGAGAGGAUGGUGUUCCUUCACUGGAGUGUGCUCUGGAUGCUCUUACCCCUGUCUUCUUGGACCCAGAAGUUACCAACUCGUGAUGAAGAGCUAUUCCAGAUGCAGAUCCAGGAUAAAGCACAGUUUCAUGAUUCAUCAAUGUUGCCAGAUGGAGCUGAAAUCAGCAGUUAUCUCUUUAGAGACACAUCAAAAAGGUAUUUCUUUGUGGUUGAAGAAGACAACACCCCUCUUUCUAUUAUAGUAACACCAUGUGAUGCACCUUUGGAAUGGAAGCUGAGCCUGCAAGAGCUGCCUGAGGAAGCCAGUGGAGAAAGUUCAGGUGAACCAGAGCCACUUGAGCAGCAGAGGCAGCAAAUAAUUAAUGAGGAUGGCACUGAGUUAUUCUCCUACAAAGGAAAUGAUGUGGAAUCAUUUAUGUCUUCAAGUUCACCAUCUGGUUUAUACCAAUUAGAACUUCUCUCCACUGAGAAGGAUACCCACUUUAAAGUCUAUGCCACCACUACACCAGAGUCUGACCAGCCCUAUCCUGAAUUGCCCUAUGAUCCACGAGUGGAUGUUACUUCUCUAGGACACACCACAGUAACUUUGGUAUGGAAACCCAGCCCCACAGCCUCACUGCUCAAACAGCCCAUUCAAUAUUGUGUGGUCAUCAACAAAGAGCACAACUUCAAGAGUCUCUGUGCUGUUGAAGCCAAGAUGACUGCUGAUGAUGCCUUUAUGAUGGCACCCAAACCCGGACUAGAUUUCAGCCCAUUUGACUUUGCUCAUUUUGGAUUUCCUUCAGAAAAUAGUCCUGGCAGAGAACGGAGCUUCUCAGGCAAGCCAGUUCCCAAGCUGGGGCGGCAUAUUUAUUCCAAGGCUAAGGUGGACAUUCAGAAGAUCUGCAUUGGCAAUAAGAAUAUUUACACAGUGUCUGAUCUAAAGCCUGACACGCAAUAUUAUUUUGAUGUCUUUGUGGUCAAAAUGCCCAGCAAUACAAGCACUGCUUAUAUUGGUACCUUUGCCAGAACAAAAGAGGAAGCCAAGCAGAAGACAGUUGACCUCAAAGAUGGAAAAGUCACUGAUGUUUUUAUCAAGAGAAAGGGCACCAAGUUUCUCCGGUUUGCUCCUGUCUCAUCCCAUCAAAAAGUCACAUUCGUUGUUCACUCCUGCCUGGAUAUUAUUCAGAUCCAAGUCAGGAGAGAUGGGAAACUUCUUUUGUCUCAAAAUGUCGAAGGUGUCCAUCAAUUUCAGCUUAGGGGGAAACCAAAAGCCAAGUAUCUCAUUAGGCUGAAAGGAAACAAGAAGGGGGCCUCUAUGCUGAAGAUCCUGGCGACCACACGAAUCAAUAAGCAGUCAUUUCCCUCUCUUCCCGAAGACACAAGAAUCAAAGCCUUUGACAAGCUCCGUACAUGUUCUUCAGCAACAGUAGCCUGGUUGGGAACUCAGGAAAGAAACAAGUUUUGCAUCUAUAGAAAGGAAGUAGAUGAUAAUUACAAUGAAGACCAAAAGAAAAGAGAACAGAACCAAUGCCUAGGGCCAGAAACAAGAAAGAAAUCGGAGAAGGUUCUCUGUAAAUAUUUCCACAGCCAAAACUUACAGAAAGCAGUGACUACUGAAACAAUUAAAGGCCUCCAACCUGGCCGAUCUUACCUUAUUGAUGUUUAUGUUAUUGGGCAUGGAGGGCACUCAGUGAAAUAUCUGAGUAAAGUUGUGAAAACAAGAAAAUUCUGCUAGUGACUUUGCAUCAAGAAAUAGACUUUGGGAAAGUUCAAGGUGAACAUUAUAGUACUUAAAGUGUAAACAAUUGACUAUCACACAGCUGAGGGAAGUUGUGAUCCAUAUUUGUACUGUGUAAGAAAAGAUAUCAACUUGUAUAUUUAUGUUUACCUAUGCCACUCUCAUAUGGGACUGGACCAGGUGCUCCUGGAUGGCAUCUGGAAGAUGUAUUAUUGGGUGGUCCAGCUCCCCACUGGACUCUUGGUUUAUGUCAAUAGCUGCAGAAAACAUGGAGGGGGGGGGGAAUCUCUUGCCAUCUUUGCUCUCACAUUGCAUGAACUGCUUCUAAAUUAUCUUAUUACUUCAACCCUGAAAGAUGUCAUUCAUUAGGUCAUACACAUACACACACACACACACACACACACACACACACACAGAUACUCUCUGUAGAUUCUAGGUUGUCUGUAAAUUAUUUUAUAAAGUCUUGUUUUAAAUGUUGGUGUUUUAUGAUUGUAAACUAUUAAAUUCUUGCCAUGACUAAUUACCACCUUAAUAUCAGCCUGUACUCUGGUAGCUUUCAUCACAAUUCCAAAUUCCUGUCUGGUUGAUGUUUAAAUGCUGUACCAUGUACAAAGCUGAUGUAUCUUAUAUUCUUGUAUAUAAAAUUAAAAAUAUUAGAUUAUAUAUUCCUUCUUCUUGCAUUGUAAUGUAGACAGGAGAAACAGCCUCCUGAUGGAAUAAAAUUUCUACUUUAGCCCUUUCUGUAAUGUGGCACCUAAAA